GCAGCUGGAAACGGAACCACAUCCUGAGUGCAGAAGUCAGCGUGCUAACAUGCGUGUUUCAAUGGAGUAGCAGUGUCUGAGAAGCGUGUGGCCAGUUUUAAUAUGAAACUACUUUUAAGUUAGUCGGUACUUCUGCGUGUUUCUUUGUCUUUGUGUGUCGAACAUGUCCGUGAACGCAGCAAACCCUGAGCUGACUCAGCUGAUCUACCGCCAUUUGAAGGAGCAUGGUUUCCACUCCGCUGCAGAUAAGCUACAGAUGCACGUCCCACAGGUGGAGACAAACGUAUUGUUAUUGGACAUCUACAGUUCGUGGUUGAAUGGUGACUCAAAGAAGAAGAAGAAGAAGCAGCCAAAUUUGGCCAAGCACUCCAUUGUUGAAUCACCAAAAAGGGCACUAUCUAAAGCCACGCCAAGGAAAAAGAAGGACAAACCUGCUAACAAAGUAGAGACACCAAAAAAGUCUGUGCCAGCUAAAAGGAAAAAAAGUGAUGGAAAGGUCACCGUGGCAAAAGAAUCAAAGAGCCAUGCAAAGGACACGGUUGUGGCUGCUGGAGGAGGCGAUUCAGACUCUGACAGCAGUCUGGAUGUAGAUAAAUGGAAGAAACUGGCCUUGACAGCCAUGACAAGGAAAAAGAAGGACAAACCUGCUAACAAAGCAGAGACACCAAAAAAGUCUGUGCCAGCUAAAAGGAAAAAAAGUGAUGGAAAGGUCACCGUGGCAAAAGAAUCAAAGAGCCAUGCAAAAGACACAGUUGUGGCUGCUGGAGGAGGCGAUUCAGACUCUGACAGCAGUCUGGAUGUAGAUAAAUGGAAGAAACUGGUCUUGACAGAGUCUGACAUAGCGAAGAUGGACGCCCUCAAGGCACUGGACUCGUCUGCAACACCCCCCGUGAAAAAGAGAGUGAGGAAACCCCGGGCCAAGCCUCCCGCAAAAAACGACACUGCUAUUCAACAGAAUAACCGGACAGUUGGAAAGAAUAAAACAGUGGAGGAGAAAGCCAUGACACAAACAUCAACAAAGAAUAGUACACCCAAGAGGAGCAGGACAAAAAAGACCCCACCUGUGACCUCCUCUGCCACACUGAGCCAAGCGCCAAACGUCAAUGCCGUAAAAGACAGCGCCGCGACACCCCUUCAGACACCAAAGAAGGAACAAAAGAAAGAUGUGACUCCUAGUAAAAAAAACACUAAUAAGGCAUUGUCUGAGCUCAAGACGACAACGACACCGACAAAGAAGAAGACGACUAAAAGCAAGAUGGAAGAGAAUACACAUGAGACUGGUGGAGAUGGAAAAGACAAAGACAGUCAAGUGGAAAAGCAGCACGAGAUAAGAGAUGAUUACCCUGCAGAGGAGAAGAAGAAGGAAAAAGGAAAAAAGAGAGAUGGGGAUGGUAAUGACAAGAAAAAAUCAGAGCCAAUCGUACAAGACAAAGUCAAGAAAAAGGAGAAAACUGAUAGUGAGGAAAAUUCAGAGCCAGUAGUAGAAAAAGUAAAUGAAGAUUCAGAACUGAUAGCUGAAGGAAAAAAAGCAAAAAAGAAGAGAAAGAAGAUUGCUAACAGUGAGGAAAAUUUAGAGCAAAUAGCUGAAGAGGAGAAAGUGCAGAAGAAGAGAAAGAUCACUAACACUGAGGAACAUUCAGAGCAAAUUGAUGAAGAGGAGAAAGUACAGAAGAAGAGAAAGAAGAUCGCUAACACUGAGGAACAUUCAGAGCAAAUAGCUGAAGAGGAGAAAGUAAAGAAGAAGAAGAAAAAGAAGAUCGCUAACACUGAGGAACAUUCAGAGCAAAUAGAUGAAGAGGAGAAAGUACAGAAGAAGAAGAAAAAGAAGGUUGCUAACACUGAGGAACAUUCAGAGCAAAUAGAUGAAGAGGAGAAAGUACAGAAGACGAAGAAAAAGAAGGUCGCUAACACUGAGGAACAUUCAGAGCAAAUAGAUGAAGAGGAGAAAGUACAGAAGAAGAAGAAAAAGAAGGUUGCUAACACUGAGGAACAUUCAGAGCAAAUAGAUGAAGAGGAGAAAGUACAGAAGAAGAAGAAGAAGAAAAAGAAGGUCGCUAACACUGAGGAACAUUCAGAGCAAAUAGAUGAAGAGGAGAAAGUACAGAAGAAGAAGAAAAAGAAGGUCGCUAACACUGAGGAACAUUCAGAGCAAAUAGCUGAAGAAGAGAAAGUACAGAAGAAGAAAAAGGAUAAUUCUGGUGAAGAAAAUCCAGACCAGGUAGUUACAGAAAAGAAAAAGAAUGAAGAGAUGCCGGAGCUGAUAGUGGGAGUAAAAACAAUAACAAAGAAAUUUAAGAGCAGUGACGGAGAGAAAAAGACGAAAACGAAAAAGGACUCAUUAUUGAAAAAUAAUGACACACAGCCUCUAACUCCACUCAGCCCCGGGACAUCACAGCCUCCAACAGAGAAGAAGAAAAAGAAAACCCAGUUGAAAUCAGCCGAAGUCCCAAUUUCCAUCCCAGACUCUGCAGCAGAACAAACUCUCCAAAAUGCAUUGCAGCACUCAUCACCUACUCUUGUCUAAGCAGAAUAACAUCAGUUUGAGCACUAGAUGACCUUCAGCUACUCAGAUCUCUUUUUAAAUUCACUAUUCUGCAAUUCUUUAUAGAAAAAGAAAUCUUCCACAAGCACAGGGUCUUAAAGAUGUUUGAUUCUUCAUCAGAUCCAAAGCAAGAAGGCAACACACAUCCCGUCUUAAUCAUUUCUAAUCAUAUUUUAAUGGUUUGAAUGUAUCGUAAAGAGAAAAAUAGUUUUGUAUUUUGGUACAUUUCUUAUCUUUUUUUGUAUCAUAUUUUGCUGUAUAUUUCUUUUAAUUUGAUUUAAUAUUUGCCAUUUUAAUGGCAUAAAACAUAAAAAAAUAUUCUCUUUCAGCCUCAGAACAUUUUCCCAUUUUCUAUGUGUACUCAACAUACAGUCAGGUAAACAAAAAAAAGGUUACAUCACUCAAAACAUUUCUUUUCCAUUUUAUAUUUAUUCAAAAUGAUAUGAAAACAAUUUUAACAGCCACUUUGUUAUUAGGCAGAAUACCUAUGUUUUCAAAAAAAUAUGGUCUUUUUUAAACGUUUGAUAACGCUUUCUUGAAUGCAUUGUAAAUACGUCU